GUUCCACAUCAACCUGCGGGCGGGUCCCGGGGGGGACGUGCUGCUGCACUUCAACCCGCGCCUGGACGAGGGGGUAGUGGUGCGCAACAGCCUGCUGGGGGGGGAGUGGGGGGUCGAGGAGCGGGACCUGCCCUACAACCCCCUCCAGUGCGGCCGCUACUUCGACCUCUCCAUCCGCUGCGGGAACCAUCGCUUCAAGGUCUUUGCCGAGGGGCAGCCGCUCUGCGACUUCUUCCACCGCCUGCCCCCAGGGCCCCACGUCGACACGCUGGAGGUGGAGGGCGACGUCGUCCUCUCCUACGUCCACUUCUGA